AGAUUCCAGUCGAUUCCGCCCUAUAUAUUUUUUUUUCCUCCCGAUUUUCGAUCAAAUAUUCUCAGAUGUAGGGUUUUGUUGUGUGGAAGACGGGCUCAAGUGAGUCUCGAUUUCAGUCGUUUCACGCUUCUGUGUGAAAACUUUGGAGUCGAUUCUCGUUUGCGCAGAAUCGAAUUAUUCGACUCCUUUUUCAGACUCAGAGCCCAAGCAAGAGCUAGUAGUAAUGGCCGCUGGGUUUGGGCAGUUUAGGUUCUCUGGGUUGAGGUAAAAGUGACGAUUAAAUACAUUUUACCCGAAUAAAAAUGGCGACAGCGAAAAACGAGGAAGAGCGAAGAACAAAAACAGAUGCUAAGGUACUGAACGGGCAUGUCGACCUGUCAAGGACGGAGUACUGUAAUAAGCUGCGGGACUGGAUGUGGAGCUACUACUGCGGCUAUGCGAGCUGGCAGAGCUGGAUGUGCGUGUCGGCGCUACCGUUAUCUCCUCCGUGGUUUCCAUCGCAACCUGGCAGCCAAGCAGCUAAUAUUCCUCCUUAUCCACCCGCCCCGACAUCCGCGGACAUCUCGAACUGGUACAUUCAGCUCACCAGUCCGCCUCAGAUGAAUCCCACAGCGGCUCCUCAGGCCGGGAGUUCACCCACAUCAACAACCCCGGCGCAGGCGAACGGAAACCCGGUUCAGCAAGCAGGUAGAGAGUACACCAUUCCUUCACCUUUACACAGGUUUCUGGCUGAAAUGGUGGAUUUCUUCAUCCUCUUCUGCAUCAAAGCGACUAUAGUUUUGUGGAUAAUGCACCUAAGUGGCAUGAGGGACAUUUCUAAAGUCAUCAUGCAGUUUGUAGUGGAGGAGAUCGAUGAGAACACGUCUCUGGAGGACCUGCAGAAGAUGAUGAUGGUGGCUCUGGUGUACAGGGUUUUAGUUUGUUUCUAUGAGAUUAUCUGUAUUUGGGGAGCAGGAGGUGCCACACCUGGGAAAUUCCUGCUUGGAUUGCGUGUUGUCACAUGUGACUCUACAGUUUUGGUACGACCCAACCGCAUCCUCGUGGUGCCAGCAUCUAACGUCACCUUAUCAGCAUCCACUGUACGGGCCUUGAAUAAGAACCUGUCCAUUGCGUUCCUCUUUCCAGUCUUCAUCACACUGCUCUUUUUCCAGCACAACAGGACUGUGUAUGAUAUUGUUGCGGGAACCAUUGUGGUCCGGCGUAGGGGGGCCAGAUGACCAGUUCAGAGAGACUGACUGGAAAAUAGUAUUACUGAACCCUAAAGGUUAUAGCCAUAGAAGGUCAGACCUGUUUUCUGUUUAAUUUAAAACAUGUACUUAAUUUAUUUGAUGAAAGGGUUUGCUAGUUGCAUUUUAGUUGUGUUAACAUGUUGCUUGUUAAUACACUUCAACCAAAAUUCAGGAAUGUAACUAUCGCUACAUCAAUUAGGCUACGUUCACACUGCAGGCUGAAGUGACUCAAAUCCGAUCUUUUCGCCCAUAUGUGACCUGUAUCCAAUCUUUUAUUGACAAUAUGAACGACACAGAUCCGAUUUUUUCAAAUCCGACCCAGGCCCUUUGGAUAUGUGGUCCUAAUUCCGAUUCCUAUCCGCUCUUUUCAUAUGCGACUUCAGUCUGAACCGCCAGGUCGCAUUCAUCCGACUUGUACGUCAUCAACAAGCCACAAACGUCACUAUUCUGCGCUGAAGUAGGCGGCGGGUCUCUCAAAAAAAAGUUACAACAACAUGGCGCAUAAUCACGGGAGCAGAUAGAGGGUGGGACUCGUCCCACCCAGAUUUAAAUUCACCUCGUUCGGUCCCCCCCACUUAUAGGGAGGAAAAAACGUCUAUGCUGUCUUUCUUUGCAUAAGGCAAACCUCACGGAAAAAUCAAAAGACUAAUUACCAUUCGGUUUAUUGAGGUACACAGCAGUGUAUACAUAGUUGCAACAACUCACAUAAAACAAAGACUGAUAUUCGGUUGGUUGAGCUGCGCAGACUGCACAGGUUGCGAGCUCGAGCUUGGUUGCUAUGGUAACCCACAACAAGUUUGACAGGCAUAUCGGGGUUGGGGUUGGUUUGCUGGCAGCUUUGUCCCCCCCAGUUUUUUGUCCCCCCCCCCCCCCCAGUUCAAAAAACGUAUCUGCGCCCCUGCGCAUGACAUCAAUGCGAGGGACGCUUCGGGCUGUGAAGGUUCUGAAUCUUCUCAAUGGAAGGACGCAGAGGUUAGGGAGCUGAUUUCCAUUUGGGGAGAUACAGCUAUUCAAGCUAGAUUGGAUGGGUCAUACCGCAACCGGGCGGUUUUACUUCCGUAAACACUGGCCAUGCUCACUGCGUGUGACGUCGUCGUAUCCUGCAAUGCGCAUGCGGAACACUUUUAGGUCGCUUUUCGUUCAUACUGAGGAUCACAUACAAGUCGCAUAUAUUUGUUAAUGUGAACGACCUCACAAAAAAAUCGGAUUUCACAAAAAAAUCGGAAUUGAGCAUUAAGCCUUGCAGUGUGAACGUAGCGUUAUAAAGAUACACACUCAUCUUUUACAUGCGCUCAUUUAAAAGUACUUGGGAUUACAGCAGCUUUCAGUAUGAGGUUUGUAGAUUUACAAGCUGAUUAUGUAUAAGAAAGUCCAAGAUCAGUGGCCCACAACGGAACAGCGAGAAAGCUGAAUAUCUGACUGAUUUAAUAAUGUGAAAAUCUAUUAACGUUUUCCAAGUAAGAAUUAGUCCAGCGAGAGGCACAUCGAUACCAGCAUUACAACCUCGAUUCCAAAAAAGUUGGGACAAAGUACAAAUUGUAAAUAAAAACAGAAUGCAAUGAUGUGGAAGUUUCAAAAUUCCAUAUUUUAUUCAGAAUAGAACAUAGAUGACAUAUCAAAUGUUUAAACUGAGAAAAUGUAUCAUUUAAAUAGAAAAAUUAGGUGAUUUUAAAUUUCAUGACAACAACACAUCUCAAAAAAGUUGGGACAAGGCCAUGUUUACCACUGUGAGACAUCCCCUUUUCUCUUUACAACAGUCUGUAAACGUCUGGGGACUGAGGAGACAAGUUGCUCAAGUUUAGGGAGAGGAAUGUUAACCCAUUCUUGUCUAAUGUAGGAUUCUAGUUGCUCAACUGUCUUAGGUCUUUUUUAUCAUAUCUUCCAUUUUAUGAUGCUCCAAAUGUUUUCUAUGGGUGAAAGAUCUGGACUGCAGGCUGGCCAGUUCAGUACCCGGACCCUUCUUCUACGCAGCCAUGAUGCUGUAAUUGAUGCAGUAUGUGGUUUGGCAUUGUCAUGUUGGAAAAUGCAAGGUCUUCCCUGAAAGAGACGCCGUCUGGAUGGGAGCAUAUGUUGCUCUAGAACCUGGAUAUACCUUUCAGCAUUGAUGGUGUCUUUCCAGAUGUGUAAGCUGCCCAUGCCACACGCACUAAUGCAACCCCAUACCAUCAGAGAUGCAGGCUUCUGAACUGAGCGCUGAUAACAACUUGGGUCGUCCUUCUCCUCUUUAGUCCGAAUGACACGGCGUCCCUGAUUUCCAUAAAGAACUUCAAAUUUUGAUUCGUCUGACCACAGAACAGUUUUCCACUUUGCCACGGUCCAUUUUAAAUGAGCCUUGGCCCAGAGAAGACGUCUGCGCUUCUGGAUCAUGUUUAGAUACGGCUUCUUCUUUGAACUAUAGAGUUUUAGCUGGCAACGGCGGAUGGCACGGUGAAUUGUGUUCACAGAUAAUGUUCUCUGGAAAUAUUCCUGAGCCUGUUUUGUGAUUUCCAAUACGGAAGCAUGCUUGUAUGUGAUGCAGUGCCGUCUAAGGGCCCGAAGAUCACGAGCACCCAGUAUGGUUUUCCGGCCUUGACCCUUACGCACAGAGAUUCUUCCAGAUUCUCUGAAUCUUUUGAUGAUAUUAUGCACUGUAGAUGAUGAUAUGUUCAAACUCUUUGCAAUUUUACACUGUCGAACUCCUUUCUGAUAUUGCUCCACUAUUUGUCGGCGCAGAAUUAGGGGGAUUGGUGAUCCUCUUCCCAUCUUUACUUCUGAGAGCCGCUGCCACUCCAAGAUGCUCUUUUUAUACCCAGUCAUGUUAAUGACCUAUUGCUAGUUGACCUAAUGAGUUGCAAUUUGGUCCUCCAGCUGUUCCUUUUUUGUACCUUUAACUUUUCCAGCCUCUUAUUGCCCCUGUCCCAACUUUU